AUGUCUGUGCUUACUUGUAUGCAGAUCUUGCUUAUAGGACUUGGAUUUUCAGACAGCAGUGCAGCCGAAUGGAGACAGUGUGAAGGGCGGGUUCCUCUGGACCUGCUGGCCUUGGUGCUGGAGAGGGACACUUCCACGCUGGUUCCUGGGGUGCACAUAGAAACCUCUCAGGGCCAGAGGGGACUUCGCUUCGCCAGCCCACAUCGCUCCAUGUCCUUCCCCUCCUCUGAGCUCCUCAACUGUGACCUCUUCCCCCACGAGUUCUCGCUGGUCGUCACGCUGUCCAUCGCUCACAAUGACCCACAGAGAAACGACUACAUCUUCUCUUUAAUGGACACUAACCGAUCGGAUGGAGCUAAAAUCAAGAAACACAAAAGCAACAAUUUGGGCAGCUCCGCGCAGAGUAAGAGCAUAGACACCAGCGAGAAGCAGGUGUCCUCUGUGGACCACGGCCACAUCCUGAUGGGACUGAGGUACUCCCGAAAGCGCCUGCACUUCCUCUACAGACCUCCACGCGGAGAGGUCAGGAGGCUGGCCUUUCGGACCAAGGGACUGGCCGACAAGCACUGGCACACGUUUGUACUCGUGGUCAAGAGCAGUUCUGUGAGGCUGACUGUGGACUGCAACCCUCCUCUGGAAGUCAUUCCCUCAGAGCCUUUCCCCUCAGAGCUCAACCUCCAAAGAUCCAGGUUCCACAUCGGAAGUCGUGGCCGGUGGAAGGGGCUUUUCUCAGGAUUGCUGAGACAGUUGGUGCUGGUUCCUGGCUCUGACCCCACCUCCCACAUGUGCCCGUCGCCUGAGCCUCAGCUGACCGCUCUGUCGGUGCCCCCCAAGCUGCUGGACCUGCCUGAUGUGAGGGCAGAGGCGGGGGGACCAGUGCCGCUGCAUGAAUCGCGGAUCUCGGUCGGCCUGGAGCAGCUCUGUUCAGAACAGACUCAGGGCCAGCUCUGGUUCAACCCCCUGAAGAAGGCCCUGUACCUGUGCGACGGCUCACACUGGGUCACCAUGCUGCAGGAUCACCACAGACUGGACUACAUCGAGGAACACCAAAUCCUCACCACAAGCUCGGAGACCAACGACAUAGAGGUGUUCCAGGUGUCUGGGGUGGGCGUGAUGGCUGCCCUGGCUCACCGCUCCUCUGCCUCUGGCUCAGCUCUGUAUCAGUGGACACCCAGCGGAUUCCAACUCUACCAGAAUAUCAGCACGCACGGAGCCCUGGCCUGCAGACACUUCCGGAUAGGCAAGAAGUCAUACCUGGUGGUGUCUAACUUCAAAGAGGGGGUGGAUGGUGCGGAAGCAGAGCCAGAGAUGGACUUCUCCGUCAUUUACAAGUGGAGCAGGAAGAGGAGGAGAUUCGUGCACUUACAGACGCUGCAGACGCACUGUGCACGUGACUGGGAGGCCUUCACCAUCAACCAGCACUCCUACCUCGCUGUGGCCAAUCACAGGACAGGAAACAACCACACCAUCGACAGCCUGAUUUACAAGUGGAACAGGUUAGCGAAGGCCUUUGAGGUGCACCAGCGGCUCCCCACAUCAGGGGCCUACGACUGGGAGUUCUUCAGCGUGGGGCCGUACCACUUUCUGGUGGUUGCCAACGCCUUUGAUGGGGUCACGACGUCUGUGGACUCUGUCAUUUACGUGUGGGUCAACGAGGCGUUCCAGGUGUUUCAGACUAUCAAGACAUAUUGUGCCACAGAUUGGGAAAUGUUCCAGAUCGGAGGCAGAGUCUUCCUGGUCGUCGCCAAUGGGCACAGACUGGUUGGCAGCGGACACGGGCGCUAUGCCAUCAACUCCACUAUAUACGAGCUGGACCUGCACGCACGCAUGUUUGUCCGUUUCCAGGACAUCACCUCCUACAGUGCGGUGGACUGGGAGUUCUUCAGCCUGGGGGAGGAAUACUUUUUGGUUGUCGCUAAUUCCUUCAACGGAGAUUCCUAUUCUCUCAACAGCAUUCUGUACAGAUGGCAGGGUUAUGAAGGCUUCGUCCCUGUGCACUUUCUACCAACUAUUGGAUGCAGUGACUGGGAGUUUUUCACCUGGAAAGGAGAGUCUUAUUUGAUGUACUCCAGUGCCAAAGUGCCUCUGUCCAAGAGGUCAGUCCCUGACAGGCCCGGGGUCAGCCUCACUCUCACGGGGCGCACUUGGUUUCGCUGA